CAAAGACACUCACACACACACACAGUUGAAGACGUCAAACAUGAAUAAAGUCAUAUUCAACCAUUGGGAGAUUGAAUUGGUAGCCAGCAGUUGAUCCAAUCAGAGAUGAAUGAAGCAGGUCUUCACCCACUAAUCCAGGCAGGAGAUGGGAGGACUCUGUCCAGAGCAGAGUUUCUCUCGUUGAUAAACACCUACAACUGCUUCCUGAAGGACCAGACUCAACUCCAUCUUAGUUACUUCCAGGGUUAUGAUGGGGAAGUGGUCGUGGAAGGCUUCCUCAAUAUCUGCUGGGGAGUCCGAAGACCCAUUCGGCUAAAGAUACAGGAUGAGAAACAGACGAUUCCUUUUACUCCCCUGAUAUCAUCUGACCCAAUCAGCCCACUUGGAAACAGGAGGGGCAUGUCACGAUGGGGGGAGUACAACGACCUGCAUCAGAUAGAUGAGAUGGCUGGCACAGCACACGAAACGGUGGUCAAAAAUCCUCCAGCAGGGCCUGUUUAUGAGACCACAACGCUGCGACCUUUGAGGCAGAAAAGCUACGAGCCGGAGUCCGAGUCCAACCUAUUCCGCUGUAUGAGUGAUGCAUCACUGGUCAAGAGGAGGAGUCGGCGUGGAAAGUCAGCGGCACAAAGAGAGAGAGAGCGUCAGCAUCGCUUUUCUAUCAAUGGACACUUCUACAACUACAAGACAUCUAUCUUCACUCCCUGCUUUGGCACUGCAACCAAAGUUCGCAUUACCAGCAGCAUGACCACAAACCAAGUCAUUGUACAGCUGCUAAACAAAUUCAAGAUAGAGAAUGACCCCCAGGAGUUUGCAUUAUACUGUGUUCACCAGAGCGGUGAAAAGAAGAAGAUGAACAACAGAGACCAGCCGCUGUGGGAACGUAUCCUGCAGGGGCCGUCUGAAGACACCAUGAAGAUAUUCUUGAUGGACAUGGAUGAAGAGGAAGUCAGCAAUGAUGUGGCCCAAUAUCUUAAUUUGGAGCUUCCAAUCUUGGAGAAGGUUCUACUGAAUUUGAGAGAAGAGGAAAACAGGGAGAUACAAAUGGUUGUAAGCAAGUACCAGAAACAUCAUAGAGUCCUGUCACGUAUGUUGAGCAGCAAGAUUUCGCCUCACAUUGAGACCAGUGUCUGACAAAUCAGAUGGAAUUGGGGAAAAAAGCAAC